AGUAAGUCAAAGAAGUGGCUAUAUAAAAAUCAAUGGUGAUAGUAUAAAUAAGGUGGAAGGUCCUAAUUUUAAUUCAAUGUUUGUAGAAACCGUCCAUUUCUAAUUGCCUUCUUUCCCAUAUUACCUAAUCUUCUCUUUCAGUUGUUAUUCUCUUCUUCCUCUUCUCCAUAUAUCCAUCCAUAUAUACGUAUACUCUCUCCUUAUAUAUAAACCCUAAUUAAACCAUGUUCAAUCUCUUCUCUCCUCCUCCUCUUCUUCUUCUUCUUCUUCUUCUUCACUUAUCCGAUUCCCCCACGUUCUUGUCCAUACAUAUAUUUUUCUAGCCUCAGUUGAUGAUCAUCCCAAUCACUAUCUACAUAGAUAUAUUUGCAGAAAGGAUCAGAAAGAUUUUUGUAGAGAUAAUCAUGGAGAACUCAAUGGGAUUCAUGGCGGUUUUUGCAGUUUCAGGAGGUGUAGUUUUGCUUGCAAGACAAGCCCACAGACGUCUUCUCUCUGAGUUCAUGAAGAAGAUUGAAUUCGAAUUGGGUGGAUCUAACAAGUCUUGUCACCAAAAUCAAGUCAAGAAAAAGGUUAGGUUUGCGGACGACGUGAUCGAUCCGUCGUCCAACAAUAAAAAGUAUCGUAAAAAAUAUUUGACAAAGUCCGUAAACGGUAACAACAACAACAACAACAACAUGAACAACGGUGACAAAUGGAAAUGUAUGGAUUCAAUGCCAGUCAACAGGCAAAUUUUGUACAAAGGGAUCAUGGAGUACAAGAUUCUCAAAGGUCUCGCUUGAGAAAACUAUUAUUCUGAUUGUAAAAUAUUUUAAAUUUUUGGGUUAAAUUGGAAUUUUGGAGAGUGUUUGUAUAAUAAUUAGCUCUCAGUCAAUACUGUAUUUGCUUUUUGGGAUUUUAGUUUCAUUUCUUCUGUGUAAGUAAAUAAAUAAAUGAAGAAAUCUGAUCUUGUUUAUGGGUUUGGUGUAAA